GUAACACUCUUGAGAUGUUGCGUUACACUGGUUUUGUACAGUCCUCUUGUGAUGCAUCGAAAUAUGAAUUCAUUCUAUUUUUCCUGGAGCUCAACUCUGCAGUAGCGUAUACAUUAUCGAAUCCAAGUAAGUGUGUUUACUUUACCUUCAUCUAGAAUUAUGACUUAUAAUACCAUUUAUUGUGUACAAUAGUCCCUAAAUUUUUCCGUCCAUGUACGUUCAGUCCGUUUAGGCAGAAUUAAUAUACACUAGUGAUUGGAUCUUCAAGGCACUGUAAAUCCCAAGAGUUGUUAUAGGCCACCUGUCCUUUUAUUCCUACUACUCAAGACUUCCCUUCUGUCCUUUUUAAGUUCUACUGUGAAUGAAUUUACCUGCUGUAUUCAAGUCUACUUUAGAGCUUCCUGUUGCUGGAUUUACGGUCACUGUUGUACAGAUAGAGUUUUCUGACCACUUAAUGGUACUUAUUUCACGCAACGGAAUGAUUGGGGAUAUUGUAAAUCACGUAUUUGAUAAAAUAUUCUUUCAGGUAUUGUCCCAAAAAAGCAACCUACCGACAGUAAAUGGUCAUGUUUCUCAUGAUCUUGAUACUCGGACCCUGUUUGGUCCUGACAAAUUGAAUACUUGUCUUAUCACAAGGCUGAUCACUAAGAUUUUGGAUACUUCAAAAACAAUACUUGUUAGUACUGAUUUCAAAGAAGAAAUUUGUUUUAGUGAUACUCAACUAAUUUGUGAUGUCUUAAAAAACAUAAGAUCGACAUAACAUAA